CUCUCUCUCUCUCUAUCUCUCUCUCUCUCUGUGACAAAGAUGAUAACAGGAACACAUGAACAAGAACAAACUCAGAAAGCAGUUGGAUGGGCAGCCCUAGAUUCCUCCGGGAUACUUUCUCCUUUCCAUUUUACUAGAAGGGCUAAUGGAGAUAAUGACAUUACAAUGAAGAUUCUUUAUUGUGGGAUUUGUCAUUCUGAUUUGCACAUGACCACAAAUACAUUUGGAUUUUCUUCUUAUCCUAUGAUUCCUGGGCAUGAGAUAGUUGGUGUGGUGACCAAAGUAGGAUGCAAAGUAAACAAAUUCAAGGUAGGAGAUAAAGCAGGAGUGGGGGGCUUCAUUGGCUCAUGUGGUACAUGCACCAGUUGCCAGAACAACCUCGAAAACUAUUGCACAAAAGUCACUCAUACUGCCACCAUCUUUGGUGGGGCAGAGGAAGAGAAAAACUACGGUGGCUUUUCUGACAUAAUGGUUGUUGACGAGCACUUUGCCAUCCGAUUCCCCAAUAGUCUGUCACUUGAGGGCGGUGCACCGUUACUCGGUGGUGGUAUUACAGUGUAUAGUCCAAUGAAAUACUUUGGGUUGAAUGAGGCAGGGAAGCAUUUGGGGGUGGUUGGGCUAGGUGGACUUGGUCACUUGGCUGUUAAGUUUGCCAAGGCCUUUGGGAUGAAGGUAACUGUGAUUAGUACUUCUCCUAACAAGAAAGAGGAAGCCAUUGGGCGACUUGGUGCUGACUCUUUUCUAGUUAGUAGCGAUACAAUGCAAAUGCAGGCUGCCAUGAACACAAUGGAUGGCAUUCUUGAUACUGUCUCAGCAGCUCAUCCUUUCAAUCCUUUGAUUCGUCUUUUGAAAUGUAAUGGGAAGCUAAUACUAUUAGGUGCCGGUGUCGCAGAUAUAGAGAAACCAAUUGAUUUGGCAGUUUUAUUGACUGCUGGAAGGAAGCUAAUAGCAGGAAGCAAUUCAGGAGGGAUGAAGGAGACGCAAGAAAUGAUAGAUUUUGCUGGGAAGCACAACAUUGUUGCAGAUGUUGAAGUUAUUCCAAUAGACUACAUAAACACAGCCAUGAAACGACUUGCCAAAGGGGACAUCCGCUAUCGAUUUGUCAUUGACAUAGGAAACACCUUGACAGCUUAGAUAAUUUUUAGUUUUAUUCUAUUUGUAUUCCAAUUUGGCUUGCUUCUAUUUGUUCUAUUUAUUCCACAUGUAUGCAAAUUUAUAGUUGCCUUUUAUGUGCUCUUUCUGCUCAGAUUUGUUUUCCUAUAUUCCUUUAUUUUUUUUUUUUUUGGCACCAAAAU